GGAGGCGUUGUUGUCGCCUUAUCUUCCUUUAAUAGGCCAUUAAAGUAUAUUUCGAUGCAGUUAAAGUAAUAUAUAUUGUUACUUCUGCAUUAUUUAUAAUUAAAAAUACGUAAAUAUAAAUAAUAAAGUUAUUAUAUUUUUGAUCACGUGACCUCUUGUGGAAAUUGUUAUCCGAUAAUACACGUGACGAGCAUGGUACCUUCUAAAAUCACAGUGGAGUUCUUCUAUGACGUCGUUUCGCCCUAUUCUUGGAUUGCCUUCGAGGUGCUAUGUAGAUACAAAGUCAAGUGGGGCUUGGAUUUGCAAUGGAGGCCAUUCUUCUUGGGUGCCAUUAUGAAGGAAUCAGGUAACAAUCCACCUGCAUUUGUGGCGAAUAAGGCUCUAUACAUGAGAGAAGACUUGAAGCGAUUGGCUGAUUACACUAAGAUUCCGGUGUGCAUACCGGAGAAUUUCUCGGAAAUCAUGAGGAACACGCUGGGAACUCAGCGGUUCAUCACGGCGGUAGACAUGAAGUACCCGCAGUACACCGAACAGCUGUCCAGACAGUUUUGGACGAAGAUCUUUAAAACUUUUGAAGACGUAACACAAGUAGAAAGCAUGAAAGAAACGGCAAAGGAAAUAGGCAUGAAGGAUUCCGAAGUCAAUGACGUGGCAGCAAAAAUAACCGCAAAAGAAACUAAGGACAGAUUGAGAGAGUUCACCGAAAAAGCAUUAAAUUACGGAGGGUUCGGAUCGCCUAUUAUUGUGGCUCACGUCAAUUCUAAGCCAGAAAUGUUCUUCGGUUCGGAUAGAUUCGAGUUAUUGGCUCACGUAUUGGGUAAGAAGUGGGAUGGACCACGUGCAGGCAGCAAUUUAUAAGAAUUUUUAAUAAUUCUUUUCUAAACUUCAAAUUUGAAUGUUGUUUGUACGACAGUGUAAUUCUGGUCCCUGGAUGUUAAGUAUGGCGUAUGUUACACAAGGAUCCGAAAUGAAAUGACCGAUUUAUAAAUGGGAUAUUUAUUUUCUAGAAUUAAGCAUUAAUAAAAUUUAAAACCCAAUUGUUUUGUUAUGUUCUUUAUAGGAAAAACAAAUUAAAAUUUGGUAACAACACCCAGAUUACCAGCUGCAAAGUGCACCAGUGGCUUUGCUGCUGUGGUGGACCUGGGUUAGAGUCCUUUCAAAUCUUCAGAAGUCCUGCUAUCGGACACACUAAUCUUUGAACUCAUCGCGCAUUCAAAAGAAGAGGCUCUCUUAGUGCUCGCAGAACAAAGAGAGCCUCUCUGCCCCGCAGACAACAGUCGAGCCGUCUGCACUUACUUUUGUAGAACAGCCGCCGUUUUCUGUGAUGUUAGUCAUCAGAAAAGAAAGAGAAACAAACUCGCUAAUGGAACAGAUGUUUUUAUUUCCUGUACAAGUGAUGCAACAUUUUUUUUUUUCUACCAGGAAAUUUAAUUUACAAUCAAAAGAUAUAUCUCCAGUAUGGAGUAAACAAUUUCUGGUAACCACGGCUGCAAUUUCGACUCCAGGAUUAUCCGUGAU